AUAUAGAUGACCCUAAAUUUUUGAUCUUUUAAAACUAAAAAGGUUUCAGCAUUGUAAAAAAUAGACAUAGAUUUUGUACAUUGUAUAUAGGAUGAUGUGAAAAUCACUUAAAUUUCUUUUCUUUUGAAAAAGACAAAGUUGCAGUCCAGUGUUCUACUACGUGUAAUAGUAAUAUGAACUAAAUCUCGUGGAGAAAAUACUUGUUCAUCAUUUUUAUUUUCCAUUUCAAGUUGAUGCGAAAAAGGACUAUAAUGGGACAAGUACAAAGUAUUGAAAAGAGGAGCGACAAAAAAUGUUUGCUGCGAAGUGAUUUGGACUAUUGUGGAAUAUUUGGUUGCAUUGUGUUACCAUCAGGAAAUGUAAUUAUCACCGAUUUCUAUAACCGUAAAGUUAAAACCGUGAACGUUGAUACAGGUGAAGUCAUAUGUUCUUUUAUGUUAACGUCAGGUCCGUCCGACGUGGCAUCCAUCGGAGAGACGAAAGUUGCUGUUACACUUACUGACGAAAGAAAGCUUCAAUUAUUGCACGUGACGGAGUUCGAUACAUACAUAUCUCUUGACUACCGUAUCAAGGUUGACGGCCAUUGCAUGGGAAUCGAUUAUGAUAAUGAUACAUUUGUCGUCUCCUUCGUGAAUCCACCCCAAGUCCAGCUUAUUCACAAGGACGGUAUUGUGCUGAAAACGAUAGUAACGGAUCCAAGUGGAUAUUUUAUAUUCCGGCGUCCGCAGAGCGUUUGUUUCUCAAGAGAUAGGAACCAUUUUUAUUGCUGUGAUUCGGAAAAUUAUGAAGUAAUGAAGAUAAGAAGGGGCGACGGUCAAGUUGUUGCAAGAAAUAGAGAAAUACGUCAGCCAACCGGAGUGAUUGAGUUGCCAGAUGACAACAUCUUAGUGGUGGGAGGCGAUACUAACGCCGUGCAUGUUCUCCCGCCAGAUUGCAAGGUUCAGACUACUGUUCUGUCUGCAAAAGACGGCAUCGGACGUCCCCGAGCUCUCUGUCUCCGUCAAAAAGGAAACAGACUGUUUGAUUUGAUUAUAAGUAACCAAAAUGGGUCGAUCCUAAGUCAGUACCGUGUGUUAUUUCAUUCUCGCAGGGGAUUAUUCGACAUUACAAAAUAUAUGUGACUAGAUAGCGGCAAUAAAAACAAUCAAGAAAAUUGAAGAAGAAACAAACAAGUCUGAGAUUAUUUUAAAAUCUCUUUUUGAAAGCAAUAACACUUUGGGCACAAUGACAACAUUCUUCUUUUCUUUCCUGGUUAAUGAUAUGAUAUUAUAGGAGAGCUAUCCAUUAAGACAAUAAUAUUUAAUAGGUCCAUGUAUAAUUGACAAUUUAGCAAAUUUACUAACGAUAUACUUGAUAUUUUGCCAGUAUCUUUUAAAUUGCGAAUAGUGAUCUCUUCUUUGGCCUUCUUUCAAGUCUCAUUAUGCCUUUGUUUAUAAUGUGGCUGUCACAUUUCUUGUCAUGAACAUAAAUUAUGUCUAUUUCUUGUUUAACCCUAUCUUGACCUAUUGCUUUCUCAUGUAUUUGCCAAAGGUUUGAAUAUUCAUUAAUAUAGUAGGAAAUAAUAUUGAAUCGAUUGUAUAUAAUUACCCCCCUUUGUUACUUAUACUACAUAAGUUCAUGUGGAACAUUUAAAGUAAUGAUUUACUAACUAUGUAAAUAAGAAUAACAUAUUUUUGGA